CCGGCCGUGGCCCUGGUUCCCCAGCUCCCCUGCUGCCGCCGGGCACAGCUCGUACGUGGGGUUUUUCUGCGGGGUCACCCGCUGGGGGCGGCGUCCAGACGCCCUUUCAUCCCUUUCCUUAAGUAUUUCGCCGGGAGCCGCGGAUUUACCCACGGAAAUGAGAGAGCAAAUUCUGUUGAAAAGAGCUUCUGGCAUGAGAUGAGCUCCUAGGGUGUAUUUGUAAUUGAUGUGGGAGGGGAAAAGCCUGACAUUCCUGAAAAUGGCAACUGAGACAUCCGCAGAAGUUCCGAAAACUCCUAGGCAAUUCGUCCUUAAAGAAGAGGUAAUUGUAGAAAGAAAAUGGUUGAAGCUUGAGGAAACAACUUAUACUGAUCCCAAUGGUAAAACCAGAACUUGGGAAACCGUAAAGCGUGCUGGCAGGAAAAAGGGAGUUUCAGCCGAUGGUGUAGCGGUGAUAGCUGUACUACAGAGAACCCUCCACUACGAUUGCAUUGUCCUGGUGAAACAGUUCAGGCCUCCAAUUAAUGGCUACUGCUUAGAAUUUCCUGCAGGCCUCAUUGAGGAAAACGAGACUGCAGAAAGUGCUGCAUUGCGGGAGUUGGAGGAAGAAACGGGGUACAAGGGGGAAGUUGUUGAAUGUACUCCAGCUCUCUGCUUGGACCCAGGUUUGUCAAACAGCACAACGCACAUUGUGAGCGUCACCAUUAAUGGAGAUGAGGCUGAGAAUACAAGACCUAAGCAGAAACUUGACGAUGGAGAAUACGUGGAAGUUAUUUCACUUCCGAAGAAUGACUUACUGCAAAGAAUUGAUGAGCUAGUAGCAGAAGAGCACAUUGCAGUGGAUGCCAGGGUUUAUACUUAUGCACUGGCUCUGAAGCGUGCAACAGAGAAACCGCUCCAAGUUCCUUUCAUGAAGUUCUAAAAUUUCACAACAACAAAUGUAGUUGAAAAUUGUCCAGUCUAGAUGGCUUAGAACAUAUCUGUUCUUGUAAUAAAGGUCCUUUACUUUAUGUCCAGAAUUGAAAAAAAAAAAUGUUUGUUGGAAUAAUCCUGAUAUUUUUACCUGGAAUUAUGUAACUGACAAGAAGUAUUUUUCCUAACUGCUUAAUCGAUCAAACCUUUAGAGAAUAAUCAUAAUAAAAACGCUGUUUAAUUUUCAAAA